AUGAUCUUUGGCGGCCUGGAGAUUGUUGCGGGUGGAUACCUCAUCCACCGACACUACCGGAAGAAGAACGACAAGGAGCAGCUUGAGGCAGAAGCCCAGAAAAGGCGCCAUAACACGUUUCCUGGUGCCAAUCCGGCGAAGCAGAAUGGCUGGAACACGCAAGCUCAUCACCGUCCUCAACACCAUCAGCAGCAGCAGCAACAACCUGCGGUACCACAGCAGAAGUAUGCGUGCUAUGCUCCAGCGGCACAGCCUCGACCACCGAUAUACCAACCCCAAUGUCAAACUCAAGCCCAGCCUCAGUACCAAUCCCAACCUCAAUGCCGACCACACGCGCUUCCCCAUACUCAGAGCUUCAACAUUCCGCGGCGGCCUGUACCGCAGCGGAAACCUCAGAUCAUCAUACAACCUUCUCUCCAACGAACCGACUCCUUUGCGACGAUAUCGCGUAUGCCCAUCGCGAACGGCUCACGGCCACAAGACAUACCUGAACAGACUAGCCCUGCGGCUGGUCUUUCACCUGUACCACAACAUGGCAUCUAUGGAAAUGCAGGUUUCUCGGUGUCGACACCAGCUUUCGGUGCGACGCCUACAUCUCCUGGGCUGACCUACGAGUUGGCUACCGAGCCUCAGGGUGGUGCUAGUCAGACUAUUGAUGACAACUGGGAGACAUAUGGACAUGGCCAUGGUGGUGGAGGGCUACAUUAUGCGCCCACUGUGUCUACUGAACUGGGCGAGCGGGAUCCGCCGCCUCCUUAUACGCCUUGA